UGUCCCUGAAGAAGAAUCCGGGCCGGAAAGAGAAGCGGAACUAGUUAGCAGGAAGGCUAAUCACCUUUAGCCGGUUUUAUUUUCAAAUUUUAUAACUUCCUGGUUGAUUAUGGCUCCUUUAGAUCUCGAUAAAUACGUUGACAUUGCGAAACACUGCAAAUAUUUACCAGAGAACGACUUAAAGAGAUUAUGUGAUUAUGUUAGUGAUCUGCUGCUGGAAGAAUCGAAUGUUCAGCCUGUAGCCACUCCAGUUACAGUCUGUGGAGAUAUUCAUGGUCAGUUUUAUGAUCUAUGUGAACUCUUCAGAACCGGAGGCCAGGUUCCAGACACAAACUACAUUUUCAUGGGGGAUUUUGUGGACCGAGGAUAUUAUAGUUUGGAGACGUUUACGUAUCUCCUAGCUUUAAAAGCCAAGUGGCCGGAUCGCAUCACUCUGCUGCGAGGAAACCACGAGAGCAGACAGAUAACGCAGGUGUAUGGAUUUUAUGAUGAAUGUCAAACAAAGUAUGGGAAUGCCAAUGCUUGGAGAUACUGCACCAAAGUGUUUGACAUGCUGACCGUGGCUGCUCUGAUAGACGAGCAGAUCCUCUGUGUCCAUGGGGGUCUUUCACCGGACAUCAAGACUUUGGACCAGAUCCGAACCAUCGAACGCAACCAGGAGAUUCCCCACAAGGGGGCUUUCUGUGACUUGGUUUGGUCCGACCCCGAGGACGUGGACACCUGGGCCAUUAGUCCCCGCGGGGCCGGCUGGCUGUUCGGCUCCAAGGUCACCAACGAGUUCGUUCACAUCAACAACCUGAAGCUGAUCUGCCGUGCUCACCAGCUGGUGCACGAGGGCUACAAGUUCAUGUUCGACGAGAAGCUGGUGACCGUGUGGUCGGCGCCGAACUACUGCUACCGCUGCGGGAACAUCGCCUCCAUCAUGGUCUUCAAAGACGUCAACAGAAGGGAGCCCAAGCUGUUCCGAGCUGUGCCGGACUCUGAGCGGGUCAUUCCUCCUCGGACAACCACUCCUUACUUCCUGUAAGGUUCAGAGCCUCUGCUUUAGAGGGUAUUAAUCAGCAUCACUCAGAACAUGAUCCAGAGCAGGAGGAGCCGGUCGGAACCAAACUCCACGGCUCGGUUAUUUAAAGUUGACCAGUUUGAAACGAGCAGAGAUGCUGAAUGUGAAGCAGAAGGUUGAACUGGUGGGCUGUAUUGGUCUCAUGAGUUAGCGUGAUGAUUUCCCAGCUGCAAGUGAACACCUCAGAUCCACUCUGUACUGUAUCAGCCUCUGAGCCCAUCCUGCAACAUUCUGCCUUAAACGUUUUUAAUUUUCUUUAAUUUAUUCAUCUUAAUAUCAUGCACACACUGUUUAAUGUUCUCAGACUGGUGUUUAAUUGUCCUCUGUGUGUCUGAAAUGGGAUGAACUGGUUCCUUAACGAACGUGUUUUUUUCACUCUGUUAUCAGCAGAGAUGCACCGAUUGCUGCCUUUAGGCCGAUCUCUAAGAACUUUCUGUCGACACACAAUAGAUGGUUUUUGUAAAACAGGAUCAGUAGAACUAUAACGAGGGUUCUGGUGUGUUUACAGACCAUAACAGAUUGGUUCUGAGUGCCUGAUCUACAGAUCAAGUUCACCAAUCGGUGCGUCCCUGGUUAUCUGUGGCAUUAUGUCUGUGCCAAUGUUUACUCUAACUGCUCUGCACAGCAGCUGUUUGCAGAUGUUUACCUGUCCUGUAAUUUGAAUAAAAAUUCAGUCACA